AUGGUGAAGAUUAGGGGAGUGCUCAUGAACUAUUUACCAAGUACGCCUAAAUGUCCCCUAGGGUUGCUAUUGUCAUUAUUCGUAGACCAUUAUACCCGCUCUCACAAUUAUUCGAUCAGCCCUCCUUCUAUAAUUGUCGACGGCUUGGACUAUCUUCUUCUAAUCUCAGCUGAAUCGAAUAUUCCCGUCAUGUCGCCAUAUCUACCUGCACGAAUAUUCAGCAGCUUCUUGCGGGGUCAAAACCAUUGCCAUUUACCAUAUAAGCAGUCUCAGAACAGCCCUUGCUCUGGUCAACAAGGCGCUUCGAGAUUUCAUCUUCCUAACUCGGUGGAAGACAUUUAUUACGACUUCAUUCCUAUAGCACAGAAAGCUAUAAUUGAUCUCAACCACCCAAACGGCAACAUACUUCGAUAUAUCCAAGGCGUUUAUCUUCAAAUUCCCCCCGGAAGAGAUUCUGAUAACCCCAGAACGGACAAUAAUUUUGGUUCAUACCUGAUGCGAAAUAACCAUACAUUGCGAUUCAAAUUCUCCACCAGAUUUACUCAGAAAUCCAAGAUCUCUACUUUCAGGCCAUUACAUUUUGACAAGGAUUGCUUUUGUCUUGAAACGGAAACGGAGUGGUCUCGUCUCAUGAAGUUACAGAAGCUCAGAAUUUCUACGCUAGUGUCCUCUACUGACUUUCAACUAAUGUUUCGUUGCACCAGAUAUGCCAGCUAUUCGAAAAUUCUCAAUCAGGAACUGUGUGAAUUUAUCCCAUCUGGUAGAGGUUCUGACAUGAAAGUUUCCAGUGAACUAACACCUACGAGACUAACGUUCAAGGCUGUAUUGGCGUCGUGGAUACAUUCCUCAAGCUAUUCCAUGGGGUUUCGAGAGGUUUCGAGAGGUUUUUCUUCACUACCAGAACUCCAAGCACUUAACCCUCCUCCACAAAGGGGGAAUUCUCCACCACGGAGCUUCCUUUUGAUUCCCCUUUGUGCAGUCGGUGCCAUCGUCCAGUAUCCUGCCAAGUGUGGUUUCAAGACCAACCUAUUUGCUCUUUCCUCUACAGGGUACAUAGAAAAGUCAAUGCACUCAAGCCCAAACGACCAUAUCUGGCCAAAUUUUGACAUUUUGAGCAGGAAAAUCGCACUUGGGAGUAAAUUUUCAGGAGUUUUUAAUUCUGCGAUAUUUGGCAUAUUGAUGGAUACAGACUCAAAUAUGAUCCGAGGAUGUUCAGCCGGGUGUCUUCUACGGGUAAUUAAUAUACAACUAAUUUACUCACUUACAUCUCACUAUCCUUUUAUAUCUGGUAUGUUGGACGGGGCUGCUAAACCGUGGUGUUUGAGAGGGUAUGUCAUGGAAGGAUUGAGAAUUCCAUCUAUAUCUAGAUUCUCCCCAAAUCGUAUUAGUGAAAUGAAUAACUUAUCAUUAGAAUAUAUCGUGAUGUUGAGUUUGGACGAUAUGGCGGGGACUUCGCGAGAGAAAAUCCCAAGAGAACGGCAAUGCAGAAGUGGAGUAGAUUCACCUGAACUCUCCACUCCUCCAGUCACCUUCACUAAACAUUAUCACCCAGUCAACCCUUCCACGACCUCCCAAAGCGCGCAAUCCGGAGCAAAUCUUUUCCGAGCCAAGGCAGUCAGUGAUGUUGACGCUAACCUAAGUACACCAUAUUCUAAUCCUCGCUGGCACUAUCCUUCUCUAACAGAAAUGGCACCGCGUCAAUAUGCUACCCGCAGCCGCGCAAAUCGCGGUGGCGGUCAUCAAGAGCAACUCAGCGUCUCCAAACCCACCUCUUCCAAAGCUGGUAUAAAUGCAAAUGCAGCUCCGCCUCCACCUACAGCGCCUGCACCACCUACAGCUCCAGCUUCACGCUCCAGUCAGAUCAGCUCGGCCAAACAUUUCAUUCAGACGACUGGUUGGCACCGAAAGUUUCAACAAGCUCACAAGAGACUCAAGGGCGUUACGCUCUUCCACAUCGAAGUCGAACAAGGUGGACGUACUUUCCCUGUAUCUCGAGAGGAGCUUGGGAAGGACUGCUGGGGCAAGCAUAAUGUACAUUUCACUGACAUAUAUGUCUCGCAGAAGGUUUGCCAGGAUAUUCAUGCCCACGGUACUCGGCUAGCCAAUGUUCCAGCUCACAUCUUCAACUAUUAUUCUCUCUGGCUCUGGGAUCUUCCCUUCUUCCCAACUCCGAAUAUGGAUAAAAACUUCUUUCAGAUUGCGUUGAACAAUUCCAACGAGCGCACCUCGAACGCCAUCGUCGAAGAUUACCCAAAAUUUGGCAUGGCAGAGAUGGCAAACUCCAGCCUCGACAAUACCGGGAAGUUACCCCCGGUUGGACGUGAGCUCUUCCGUGCGUACUUCCUCGGAAAAGAGCUCGGUGCUCCUGACUUUCGAGACGCGGUCAUGAACCAAAUUCUUCGCUCCUUUAGGCCGGACUUUCCCCCCCCAGUUGACUUCGUCCACGAGGUCUACAGCUACUCUUCCCCAGGCCUGACGGGUCUCAAGAAGUUUGUCGUUGACUAUCUUAUCUGGGGAUUGGCUGCUCUUGAUGGUCAUGUCGCGCCUAUGACCAUUCAGACCGGCAGAUUUCCAAUUGGACAGCUUCCGGAUUUGGGUGACUAUCCAAUCAUGUUCGUUACCGAUGUUGAGCAUACAAUGGCGGAAUUGGAGGCCGGGCAGGAUAUUAUUGUCAAUUUCCAGAAUGCAUUUGCUUCGCUGAGGGAUAAUGAGGGAGCAAGGCAGAAGUGUCGAUACCACCUUCAUGACAGCAAAUAUUGUGGGAGGGGAGAGAAGGACGAACUCUGCUACGCUUAUAUCGUCUGA